AUGAAUCUAAGGCUGGGCAUCGAGGUUGGAAACCUUUUCCAGCAGAAGCCACAGCAGGACAUCCAGCUCUUUCUUGCCGGCAAGUCGCUGAAGUAUUGCAAGCUGAAGACGACCAGCUGCCAAACAGGCGAUGAUGAUGUGGAAGUGGGAGUCAACACGGAUGAGGUUUGGACGGACGACAAGGAGAUGCAGUUCCCAACCUUGACAAGCGGCCAAACAGCCAAGUCAACUGGGGCAGAGGCACAACUUCUUCCUUUCCUCAGGCGAGUGCUACCCCUGUUUGAAGCAUCCAUCGUGGAGGGCAACCGUCGUGCUGGUGUUGUUGCGCCACCGCCCGCGGAUGAGCAGUUGGGCCAGACUCUGGUGCGGUGCUCGCUCCCGGAAAGUUUCGUUUCCACGUUCAUAGGUGCUUGGCCCUCGGUCGUAGACGUGUCCAUCGUGGAGAAGUGGUACGGGGCAGACCACGCAUUGGCACUUUAUGGCUGGGAAGAGGUUGUUCGGCCUCCACCCAGCGAGAUUCUCGGGUUAGCCAACUUCAUGAGGCCCAUCCGGAGCCUGGUGGGUCUUCAUCCGAUUGUGCUAGGCGGCUCUGGAGGUGCUUCUACCCGCCCUGCACGGUGUCUGUAUGCUUUCUGUCGCUUGAGCUCCCUGACGGUCGUGAACGGGAGGUCUCACCUGAUAGUGGCAGGCUCGGAGACAGGUUCUCUCCUGGUCUACGAUCUCCGGGCAAGAGCGAGAAGUCCGGCAGACUUGCAGGGGGAAAGUGAAGGCCCACCUCCCAAUCCUGAUGCUGACAUCGCUCACUUCGAGGGUCCAGUCUGGCUCCCGUCGGCAUUCUCAACGGACGUCUUCGCAUUGGGGCCAACUCAGCGGGAGUCUGACUUUGGCGAGCAAAAUGGCAUCUUGUCCGAGCCUUUUGGCUUUGACGGAGAUUCGUCCGGAGUGCACGAGGCAGAGAUUUGCUGCGUGCGCAGCUCGGACAUGGCUGCCGGAGAUGCGCUCGUCUUUGCCGGGGUGGAGGGCCAUCAUUGGACGACGUGCUGCCAUGGACGUGGUGACGAAGGUGUCGCGAAUCCCAAGGAAAAGGGAGCGGCCAAAGAAGCAAAGGCAGCAAAGGGAGCUGUCCUGGCACUUGCUUCACGACAGAAGAUUGGAGAUGUCAAUCGAGCGCUUCGUGCAUGUAAGCUGCGAUCGGCCUGGGAGGCUGCCUCCCUGCUUCUAACAACGUCUGGUCAGAAGAGUCUUCAGGCAGAUGUUGUCUCGUACACAACGUUGGUGGGUGCGAGUAUGAGCAAAACUUGGGAAUGGGCAAUCGGCAUCUUUGCAGAUGUGGCUCGCAAGGACCUGAUCUUGGACAAGGUAGCGGAGCUCACACUUUUCACUGGCUUCGCCGCUUUGGGCAAGUGGGUAGCUGCGCUUUCCUCGUUUGCAGACUUGCAGGUUCAGCAGACAGAAGUGGACCAGCAGAUGGCUACCUCUGCAAUGACUUCCUGUGCCGGACGUGACACAUGGGCCUCAGCGAUUGCUUUGAUUUGCAAGCUUCAGACGGCGUGCGUAGAGAUUGACACAGCUGUCGUCAAUGCUGCAAUGAGUGCAAUGAGCGGUGCCGGUGGCUGGAUGUUGGCGCUGUCGGCACUGGAGGAUGUUGCCACUCGCCAAUCGAUUGACGUGAUAUCGAUAAAUGCUGCUCUCAGUGCUUGCGAGCGAUCUGGGCAGUGGCAGCCCGCCAUGUCCCUCUUGGAAGGAUGCUUGCCGUCGGUUCCAGACAUCAUAUCUUACGGUGCAGCCGUAAGUGCCUGCGAGAAGGAAGGUCGGUGGGAAGAGGCCGUGUACCUUCUUUCUCGGCUGCCACAGGUCAGGAUUGCCGGUGAUGUAUCUUUCUACAACGCCGUGAUCAGUGCGUCUGAGAAAGGCAGUCGCUGGCAGAUGGCUCUUCAACUGUUGCCCAUGAUCUCAGUCCUUCGGCUGGAAGCUGAUGUGGUCAGCUACAGCAGUGCUAUUAGUGCUUGCCAGAAGUGCGACGAAUGGCGAGUGGCGCUGUUGCUGCUAUCGGAGAUGGAGAUGAUCCAUGUCAAGGUCGACACAAUCGCUUGCAAUUCAGCAAUCUCGGCAUGCAGCUGGUUGAAAGCACUCGGGGUUCUGAACACCAUGCAGUUCUGCGCUGUGCGAAGCACAAUUAUCACCUUCGGUUCAAUCACAAGCUGUUUUGAGAGCAUGGGAAGAUGGCAGCUGGCUCUACAAAUACUGCGUAUUGGCAAGAUGCAGACCCUGCGUUUGCAAGAUAUCACCUGCAAUGCCGCCAUCGGGGCGUGCGAGAAGGGAGCCUUGGAUAUCACCGGGACAGUCAGCUUUUGGCGGGUGCUAGAACUGGCUUCGGUUGGUGUGAAGCUUGCCUUGCAAGGCAGCCUCGCCCUUGCGCGAGGCCCGCACUCUCACGUGCUUGCCGACUUCCUCGGUGCCUCGUAUCUUUGCAUCCAUCCACAGCAACAGGGAGAGUUCGUAGCGCUGUCCACAGCUGGAAUCCGGCAAGCCAACAGGCAACGCUCUCUGACCUCGAACGUGGCGGAUGGCCCCAGGAACUUGGAGCUGCUCAGACACGCCGAGGAGGAAGAAGGUCUCCUCCUUCCGAGUGACUCCUUUGCAUCCCAGCCUUGUAGUGGUGCCUUCAAUCCCUUUUUCCCUGGGCUGCUGUUAGUGGCAUUCGCCGAAGGCGAUCUUGCCCUCUUUGACUGCUCCCUAUGUGUGCCCGUGACGCACUGGGCAAGUGCCGUUGGCAAGGCAGGCCACCGGCGCAACAAUCUCAGUUGCAUGGUCUACCCGGAGGCAUGUGUUGUAGGGCCAGACAAGGAUAUUGAAAUGCUGGACGGAGGCGAACACCUGGACGAGGCUAUCAAAAAACAGUUGCAGGUUGGCGCGUCGCCUUUCCAGCAGCGCCUCUACCUUCGUGGCGAGGAGGUUCUUGAUGUCGUACGAACCUCCUCGAACCCGCCGCCAGAGGAGGAGCUACAGGUGGUUGUUUUGCCACUGAGAUACGAUGCCGCUGCGGACCUUCGUCUGCAGUCCGCUGCAGGUGACCUUGCAAAGAUCAAGCAGUUACUGCGCGAACCCCAAGCUCCGGAUCCCUUGGCGCCGUGUGAAUUCACGCCGCUACAGCUCGCCUCACGCUAUGGUCACUUGGAGGUGGUUCGAGCACUUCUUGCCGCGGGCGCCGACAAAGAUCGACAAGGACUGGCCGAAAGCACGCCCUUGUUGGAGGCGAUCGACCACCAGCACUUGCACGUGGCUCGUCACCUCGUUCGCAUUCGUGCGGACAUCGGCAAGGCCGGCCUCGGCGGAACGACACCAUUGCUUGUUGCCGUCGAGCGGGGCGAUCUGAAGGCAGCAAAGCUCUUAGUCGAGAGUGGGGCUGACAAAGAGCAGCCAGAUGCAAGUGGCUUGACACCACUACAUGCUGCUUGUGGACACUUGGAUAUGGUCAAGUUCUUGCUUAGCAUGAGGGCGAAUCAGAACGUGCAGGACACGAAUGGAAAGACACCCCUGCGUAUCGCUGCUGGAAUUGGCCAUGCAGACGUGGUGGAGUGCCUUGUGCUGUCCGGUGCUGACAAGGACAUGCCUGACGCUCUGCUGGUUUCGCCGCUGUGGGCGGCAGCCCGCAAUGGCAGAAACGAUGUAGUCCAACACCUGCUGCAUGCCGGUGCUGACCACGACCAGGCUGAUAUCGAUGGUGAGACGCCGUUGAGGGCUGCAGCUGAGCACGGUCACCUUGAAGUAGUUCUGCGUCUGCUAAGAGGACAUGCGGAUGUAAACAAACAGGACAUUGAUGGGAGAACACCGUUGCUGGCUGCCGCUCAUGCUGGAAAGUUGGAGGUUGUCGAGAUUCUGCUCCAAUGGCAUGCCAUCGUCGAUUGUAUUGAUUCAGAAGGUCAGACGCCCUUGCUGGCGGCUUCCGAGCAUGGCUUCGUGGAUGUUUGUCGCAGCCUGCUGGACAGGCAUGCUGAUGUAAAUCAUUGUCGGGCUGAUGGCACGACGUCUUCCAAGCUGGCUGCACAGCGGGGCGAAUUGGAGGUCCUGCGGCUCCUUCAUUUCGCAGGUGCUCUGGUGGACCACUCAGAUCACGAGGGCGUCACACCGCUCUGGGCUGCUGCCAACAGUGGCAAGCUCAAAGUCGUGCAGUACUUGCUGGAACAGCGUGCUGAUGUAGCCAAAGCGUGCAGAGGGCAGAGCUGCCUGCAAGCCGCCUCCCAGCGCUGCCAUUCGCAGGUGGUUUCGCUCUUGACACCCUUGGACCACCAGAGCAAGCGCCGCAAAGUUGGCGAGUAG